UUUUGGACAGGACCUGAUCAGUCCAUGGACUAUAAAGUUUGAAUGUUUGUUUUUCAUGUAAGGUGUAAGUGCAUCGAUAGAUUGAACUACUAUAGGACAAGUAUUGCAAACAUACAGAGAAAUAAAAAUGCUUUGCCAUAUAACGCGCCCGGACUCGGUGGUGAUGGAGGUGGAUGUUGAUUCGAAGGCUAACGGAGAGGACUGUUUACACAAGGUCUGUCGGAAACUGGGAAUAAUAGAGGUGGAUUACUUUGGGCUUCAGUUCUGUGGAAGCAAAGGGGAGAGUUUGUGGUUGAAUCUCAGGAACAGGAUCUCACAACAGAUGGAUAACCUGGCUCCCUGCAGACUGAAGCUCAGAGUCAAGUUCUUUGUGGAACCCCAUCUGACCCUGCAAGAACAGACAAGACAUAUGUUCUUCCUGCACAUAAAGGAGGAGCUGGACAGUGGCAGCCUGCAGAUGGAGGCUGAGCAGGCCAAGGAGCUGUGUGCCCUCCUAGCCCAGGCUGAGUACGGAGACUACAACCAGAACACAGCCAAGUACUGCUCCAGCCAGAUCUUCAGACAGGAGCCUGACCUGGCAACCAUCAACAGCAUCCAGGAGAAGCACCGUGAGCUAGAGGGUCUGAGCCAGGCGUCUGCAGAGUACCAGGCCCUACAGCUGGUGUCCUCCCUGGAGAACUACGGGGUGGAGUGGCACUGGGCCAGGGACUCAGAGGGACAGAGGCUGGCUAUAGGGGUCGGCCCUGAAGGGGUAUCCAUCUGUCAGGAGGACUUCAGCCCCAUCAACAGGAUCAUUUAUCCCAUCAUCCAGAUGGCCACCCAGUCAGGGAAGAAUGUGUACAUGACCAUCACUAAGGACAGUGGUGAGGAUGUGGUCCUGUUGUUUAAGAUGACAAGCACCAGAGCUGCCAGCGGCCUGUACCGGGCCAUCACAGAGACCCACGCCUUCUACAGGUGUGACACGGUGACGAAUGACGUGAUGAUGCAGUACAGCCGUGACUUCAAGGGUCACCUGGCGUCUCUCUUCCUCAACGAGAACAUCGACCUGGGCAAAAAGUAUGUCUUCGACAUCCGACGCACCUCCAAGGAGGUCUACGACCACUGCCGCAGGACGCUCUACAACGCCGGCAUGGGAGGGGACUGUGUGUCCGGCGAGCGGAGCCCGGCGCGGUCCCCUGGGGUGGGGGAAGGAGGCUGUGAGGGGUGCCAGAGGAGCCGGGUUCUGGAGGAGAAGCUGCAGCAGCUCCAGGAUGCUCUGCUGUGUAUGCUGUGCUGUGAAGAGGAGAUGGACGCUGCCUUCUGCCCCUGUGGACACAUGGUGUGCUGCCACAACUGUGCCGUCCAGCUAGAGGUGUGCCCGGUGUGUCGGUCAGAGGUGGACCAUGUCCAGCACAUCUACCUGCCCACCUGUGCCAACCUGCUGUCCCUGGCAGUGAGCAGUGCUGCCCCCUUCAAUAUUCCCAGAGACCUGGCCACUCACCUCUGUUCCUCCAGAGAGUUCUACACCAGCACAGACAAGAUCUGUCACACAUAGAUUUACUACCAGUUAGGGUUGUAAAAUUUGGCUUAACAUUCCCAGGUUUUCCUAAAUGUUUUGGAUUUCCUGUUUAUUCCCUCCUACUUCCUAUAUAUGACUGCAUACAGUAGUAUUACUGUAGUAGUAUACCAGUGGUAUUACUGUGGCAGUAUUCAUGGGUUGCACCUCCGUCACUUGGUCGUGUUGUUGCCAUUGUUAUCGAUGUUCUAAAGACGCUGCAGCCAUAUUGAUGCUCAAAAGUAAAACCAUGGCUAUUGACUUUGUCGUCUAAAUUACACUAAGGGCUUGGAGUACUAUGACAUUGCUGAAGGUAGGCACAUAUUUAGUAGGAAACAACUUUGCCAUCAUGUCGUCAAAUUUACUUUAGACAGAUAGCAAUGUUGUCAUUAGCUAGCAAGUUUCGUUCAAAAUAGCUAUCAUUGCUAAUGUUAGCUAGCUAAAAUCUGGAGAUCUCCCCUCAGUCUUAGCUAGCUGGCUAACGUUAUACUGCAUCUAAAGUUAAUCCGGCGACAUCAAAAUGAUGAAAAAAGGUUUUCCUACUAAUUAUUUGCCGCCUUUAGAAAUGUCAUCGUGUUUUCAAGCCACAGUAACAAACUUCAGACCGAAUCUUCAUCAGCCCCCAAUGAGGAUGCAUUGAGUAGAAUGUUCAGUUGGGCAUCAGUCCUAAAACUAACCUUCAAAACAAUAUUGUGAAGCAACGUGCAAACCAUAAAUACCAGUAACGUAAACUCACCCCAUUCCGUACAAAUGUGCGUAACCGCAACAUUCAAACGAGGCUGCAAAGAAAACGAAUGGGACUGUAGCGACUGUGUUGACUUC